CAGUCUGGGAAAGAUGUGUCGCCGCUCCUGUCCGGAUUCGUUCCCUCUUUACCCGGGUUAAACCUCUGCACGGAGAUCCGGUCGAGCUCCAGGACAACAGCCUAACCGACCAGAACAGAACCGAGCCGAGUCGGGCCGAACUAACCGUCCGGGUCCAGCAUGAAUGAGACGGAGGGGCUCCGGUUUCGGCGGGUGCACAGACCGCAGGUCAUCACCGACGAGCUGCCGGACCACCGUUACAAGGGAUCCGGCACCUACAGUGGGAAGGUGUUCCAGGUGACUCUGCUCUCACUGGGCGGCUUCCUGCUUCUUCCUCUGCUGGUCAUCAUCCUCAUCCUGGAGUCUCCCAUCCAGCCGGAGGUGUUCAGUCUGAAGGAGCCUCCGGUGAUGAAGGGCUGCUGGGAGCCAAACCUGAAGCUCAGAGAGGCUCAGAGGCUGUUUGAAGACCAGAUCACCGGACCGGAGUCCAUCGCCAACAUCGGAGAUGUUUUGUUCACGGGAACAGCCGACGGGAAGAUCGUGAAGCUGAUUGGUCGAAGAAUUCACACAGUGACGCGACUCGGAAAACUGCCGUGUGGUUCCAGAGAGGAGGAGUCCAGCUGUGGGAGGCCGCUGGGGAUCAGAGUCGGACCCAACGGGACUCUGUUUGUAGCUGACGCUUACCUGGGUCUGUUCGAGGUCAACCCCACCACAGGUGAUGCGACCAGGUUAGUGUCGGGUGGUCAGGUGGUCGCUGGCAGGAAGCUGUCGUUCAUCAACGACCUGGCGGUGACUCAGGACGGAAAGAAGGUGUACUUCACCGACUCCAGCAGCAGGUGGCAGCGCAGAGACUACCUGCACCUCAUCAUGGAGGCCACCGCAGACGGACGAGUGUUGGAGUACGACACCGAGAGCAGAGAGCUGACGGUGGUGAUGGAGAACCUUCGAUUUCCAAACGGCAUCCAGCUGCUGCCUGACGAGGAGUCGGUGCUGGUGGCAGAGACCACUAUGGCCCGGAUCCGCAGAGUUCACGUCGCCGGUCUAAACAAAGGCGGGAUGGACACUUUCAUCGACAACCUGCCCGGCUUUCCCGACAACAUCCGUCCCAGCUCAACCGGAGGUUACUGGGUGGCCAUGCCGUCAGUGCGGCCAAACCCCGGCUUCUCCAUCCUGGACUUCCUGUCCCAGAGACCCUGGAUCAAGAAACUAAUCUUCAAGCUCUUCAGUCAGGAUGUCCUGAUGAAGUUCAUCCCCCGGUACAGCCUGGUGGCCGAGCUCCACGACGGCGGCAUCUGCACCCGGAGCUUCCACGACCCCAACGGCCUGAUGGCGGCUCACAUCAGCGAGGUCCACGAGUACGACGGGAAUCUGUAUCUGGGCUCCUUCCGCUCGCCGUAUGUCGUCAAACUCGACCUGCGAAAGGUGUAAAAAGAAACCGAGGAACACGACUUCUCCGUGUGACGUUAGAUGAACACAACGAAGUCGCCAACAGUGAUGUCACAACGCACCAGGAAGUGAAAUAAUAACGUCAGACUCGGACGACGGUCCGUCAACGCUUCGGUUCCAGACUGAAGUUUCUCAACAGUAAUUUAACUCAAAAUUAGGUUGAAUUGUUCCGGAUCUCCGGAGGCUGAAUCGCAGUGACAUCACACCUGCUGAGCGAAUGAGCCGACAUUUCCUGUCAGCUGAUAUGUUUUAAUGAGCUGUAGCUGUCGGAUCAUUCAGAUUGAUCAGAGCCGCUGCUAACAGUUAUUUUCAUCAAUUAAUCAAAUCAAUCAAAUUGUCAUUAUAUUCAGUUUACUCAGACAUGCGACAAAGAGAAGUGACUAAAAUCAUUUUAUAGUCAGGAUAGUUGCUGAUUCAUUUUUUCGUUGAUCGACCAAGCAAUUAAUUGAUUAAUCGUUGCAUUAUUGAUUGAUAAUCUCGUUGACCUCUUUGAUCAGAUAGUUCCUGAUUUCUCCAGUUUUCGUGUCUGUAUUUGAUGUUUUGUUGCUUGGCUGCUUGUGUUCACAUAUUAAUCAACUUUAGCUUCUUUUGUACAAAGAAAAAAGGUUUUCUAGAAAAACUUGUUUCUCUUUUUCACGGUUACGUAUCUGAAAAGUUUCGCUUUGAUAUUGAACAGAAACUCAGGAACUGAUCAGGACUAAGAUUGAAGAGUCACACAGUCCUAGAUUCACCCUGACUUGCUGAAAAGUGGCUUGCCAGCUAGCUCAAGUUAAUUACUUGCUCACUUACUGGUUGGCUUGUUGGGUUAGCUUGCUAGCUUGCUCAUUGUAGCGCUCACUGGCUAACAGUCAGUCAGCACAGCUACAAUCUGUGCAGGCAAACAGCAAACAGGAGGAAUUUCUACCUCCAGCUUCGUAUUGAAUAUGUGUUGUCUGGGUUAGCAUUGUACUGCUACCAGCUGCUAUUUCUCACUUUAGUAUGUUAGCUAGCCGGGGCCGAGUGUGGCCUGUCAUUGUCAUGUAUUAACUAUAAAGAGUCAUUUUACUGGUUUCCAGUGUUAUUGUAAUUACUGAAAAUAUAUGUGAGCUACUGCCCCCCCCCCCCCCCCCCCGCCGCCACCCCGCAUCCUCGAUUGUUUCUUAAAACAUAAACCUGAAACUUGACUUAAUUUGUGUUAAUGACGCCUGCCGUCGAGCUGAGGCGCCCAUGUUUGUUUUCAGAGACUACUUUGUUAUUUUGCAUCAAAUCAGAAAACUCAUAAAUAUUUAUGAGUAACAUUUAGCAUGUUAGCAAGUUGAAAAGUGAACAUCAGCAUUAGCAAUAUUUAGCAUGUUAUUUUGUCAACAUGCUAAAUAUUCAGCAUGGCUACAUGCUAAUAUUCACACGCAACAUUUAAGUAACCUAACCUACAGAAAAUGUAAAUGAUAUACUACUGUUGCUAACAUGGCUAACAGCCUGUGGAACUGUUAACAUGUCCCAUUACGUUGCUUAGACCAUAAUUAAAGUAGUUAUAGGAAAUAAAUUCAAAAUACCAGAAUGGAAAACUUUGACACUUGAAUAAAAAAAACAAAAAAAACAUUUUGACAACAUUGAAAAAGAGCCGGUUGAGGAGACGCUAACACAUUUGUUCUGUAUGUCAGUAUUAUCUCUUUUAAUAUCGUCUCUUUGUUCCUCUAACGUUGCCUCACUUGUAAACAGGACAGCGGUUGAAGAACGGGUGUUUGAAUGCAUCAUGCUGCAUUCAUGAUGUGUUGGAGUCACUGGUUACGCCGUUCAUGUCAACAUCCAGCUUGUAAUUGUGACUGGGAAACUGGGAUUCUUCUGAAAGCUGCGAUAUAUCCAACACUUAGCUAACGCUGCUUUCACACAGUGUCAGAAGAACAAGAAAAACACUCAUUGUUAGCCUCAGAGCUAACUAGUUAGAACCAAAUGAAACAUUAACAUUAUAUAUAUCUCCAGUCUUAUUAGCUGAAUGGAUGAAUGCAUUAACCACACACACACACACACACACACACACACAGGUGUGACGUAGCACUGACGCAGAUUAAUGCUCUCUGUUAGCAGUUUUACUAAUCCCUCUACAUUCCUUUAAUUCCUCUGAAACAGAAUUCUCUUGUUAUGUUGAUCACUGAUGCCCACCUCUGAUCAAUCAUCUCGGUUUCUCAACUCAAACGUGGGUUUGAUGAUCCUGGUCCUGAGGUCACAUCUGCUAUCCUGAGCUCAGCUAAUCAAGCGUCUCUGAGAUAACGAGUCAUAAAGUUGUGCUGAGAUGAUUGAGUAGAUGUUCGAUGGUGUUUGUUGUUGUGCGGUUUCUUCAUGUCCAGGUGCCAAAUGUUUCACUGUGUGAGGAUCGAAGAGGUUUGACUCUGAUCUGUUUGUCUGCUUUUGGCCUCGUGGCCGUCGAAGCACAGACAGAAACAGCGGCUUCAGUUGUGAUGUGUGUUUUCAGCUUCCUGCUACGUGACGAUGGGUUGAAACUUUCUUUCUUUGGACGAAUCUGUUCUGCAGCUUUUCUGCUUCCUUUGAAUCAGAACUAAAUAAAAUUUGCAGUUUUAA